UCUUUGUAUACAGUCUAUGGUUUAGAUACAUAUAUUACACCUAAAUACAAGUGGACUUAAUCUCUUGAAGUGUCCCAUAAAAGCAAAAGAAUCCCCGUAUUAGCUGAGCGCCACACUUGUGACACAGCGCAGCGUAACGUUAGCUGUCAGUCAACGCCGCAGAAGUUUCAUCUCCCUCCUCCUCCGACUUUGUUGGGUGGUUUGUGGUCGAUCAUUUAAAUGAAUUAGAUAAAGGAAGGGGGCAAGUUCGACGAUAUGAUGACUAGCCUUAACAGACUCGUUAGGUCUUCAGUUCAGCCCCAGGGGAGUCUCCUGUAGGUCGGUGACUAACUGUGAGACAUGAAUCUUAGCUGCCAAGACUGGAUGUCCGCUUUACCCGAGGAGCUGUGGGACAUUCCGCUGACAAACUUGGCCAUACCCGGGAGCCACGAUGCCAUGAGUUACUGUCUGGACAUAAACUCCCCCUUGAUCCACUCUGAGUCGGACUCUUUCAGGCUCCUGGAUGGACUUUUCUACUGCUUUACCAGACCUGCCAUUUUUAAAUGGGCUACAACACAGGACAAAAGCAUUGAGGAGCAACUUUCGAUGGGGAUUCGGUUCUUCGAUCUCCGCAUUGCUCACAAACCCAAGGACUCAUCCAGCGACCUGUACUUCACACACGUCAUCUACACAUAUUUAACAGUCUUGGAAACACUAUCAUCUGUUGCCACCUGGCUGGAGUCUCACCCAAAGGAGAUUGUUAUCUUUGCUUGCAGCCAUUUUGAGGGAAUCGAUGACAAACUCCAUCAAGCAUUCAUUUUCUCCCUGAAGAAGCUGUUCGGCUCCAAACUCUGCCCCCAUAAGAACCUAACCUGCCCUCCACAGGAAUCAGUCCUGACCUUGCGGAGUCUGUGGACGUCUGGUUACCAGGUCAUCCUGUCCUAUGACUCCCAGAUUGCAGCGAGUCAUCAGGAGCUGUGGCCUGCCAUCCCCUACUGGUGGGCCAACCAGCGCACAGCACAAGGAGUGAUCAGUUACCUGGACUCGAAGAAAGACCUGGGACGUCCAGAGGGCUUCUUCGUCUCUGGACUGAACCUGACAGCUGACAGGUAUUACAUCACCACGAACCCGAAGCAAUCGCUGCAGACGCUGACCUUCAGUAACUGGGAGUGUUUGAGGAUAUGGCUGGAGGAGCAGAGACCCGGGUCAGACCCCGAGAGCCUCAACAUCAUCGCAGGAGACUUUGUGGGUCCACUUCCGCUCUGCUCGCUGGUCGUCGCACUGAACCAAAAACUUCUACGGAAGAAUGCCGUCAAAUAAAAAAAUAAAACAAUAUCUAGCUGUGAUUUUAUUCCACAGGGACUGAUCCCCGAAUUGCUACUGUAAACCUCAUGUCCUCUUUUCUAGAUUGCCGUCAAUUUAUAUGCACUUUUGUCUACAUUCUAGUAGAGUUCUAAUUAAAAGAAAUGUUUUGAGAAAAAAAUGUA